CACUCCCGAACGGGGCCAGGAGCCUGAUUGUCAGGCGGAGGCAGCACGCUCAGACACUACCUGAACAUUGUGGGGAGCUGUCCCUGGUGCUGACAGGACCGCACUCCCGACCCCUCCUUACCCAUGAAAGUGAGGCCCAGGACCCUGGUCAGGCGACCCACUCAGGGUCGGGCUUUGGGGGCACGGCUUGGACUCACCGGCCCCUCCCCUACAGCCAAGGGCAGUCUUUCCUCACCUGUCAAGGCCAGGUCACCCAGCCCCAGGCUUGUGGUUGUCAAAUGAUGAGGACGUGUGGUGCUUUCCUUCUUCCCUGCUUCCCUCCAACCUUCCACCCAGUUCAUAAUGGAGGAUGUCCCUGGUUCUGCCCCCAACCCCUGGUUCUGCACAGUGGAGAAGCUCAGUGGAGAAGGACGGAGAUUAAGGGGAUAGAGACUCCUGAGGUCAGCCUCAGAAGGCCCAAAAACACUCCAUGAGUAAUGCUGCAGUGUGCUGAGAUGAAGGGAAGAGUGCCUCAAGGAAUGUGAAGAAGCAAGCACCAUAAUUCAAUUUUCUCCAGAACCUAGGAGCAGUGAGUGGGGGGCUGGGAAAGGGCCACUUUUGCUAGGCCUAGCCACUGUGCAGUGUGUGUGUGGGGGCCUUUCAGCCCCUCAAAAUGGAGCUUGGGGUCUUGGGGGGGGCGUUCCUGAAACUCUAGUGGUUCUAGAAUUUCCAGUGAUGCCUGAGUGUACUGUGGCUCAAAGAUUUAUAGGGUCAAGGAUUUGGGAGAAUGUCAGGGACAUAACGUUCAAGAGGCUUGUGGACAAGGCCAUCCUGCUUUGCGGUCUCAGCCCCCACAUCCUCUCAGCCUUCCAGGCCCCCAUCAUACCCAGAUGGGUGAGGGAGGGAGGCCCCAGGCCUGGUGGGACUCUUGCAUGAACUCAAGCAACGUGUUCCCUGCCUUGAGCUUCAGUUUCCCCAUUUAUAUGAGGGCAGGACUGGCCUUUAGACCCUACAAGCCCCUACCAUCAUUAAGGUUCUGGCUGAGAGGGGUCUGGGGAGCAGUGUCAUCUUAAGACUAAGUGGGGGAGGUGACUUAGUUCAGUGGGAUAUAAGGGCAGGGAUUCUCCAGCCCACCUUCCAGUGAAUAAAAUGGGAAACUUAGGCCAGAGAGAGAGACAUACCCAAGGUUACACAGGGAUAGCAAGGUGGAGCUGAAACCAGAGCCCUGGACUGUGUUCCCUCCACUCCCCCAUUUCAGCUCUAAACCCCUCAGAACUCCCCCGGUCUGGCCCUACUACAUGCUGCACUCCUUGGCUCCACCAGAAGCCCAUAUGCCCUGAAUGAGCUCUAAUCUCUCACAGCUCCAGGCAUUGCACAUGCUGUUUCCUUGGCCUGGAAUGCCUUUUCCCUCCUUGACCCCAGGGCCAAUUCUUGUUCUUCCUGAAGAGGCCCAGCACUGGUGCUGCCUGCUCAGUUCAGCCUUCCCAGUCUCCAGAAAGAGCCCCUCUGCUCACUGCACUCCUUCCCCAAUCCCGCAGGCUGGGGACAGCUGUGUCCAGUUCUGGAGCUCUGGGGCAGUCAGGCCUGAGUCCUCUGGGGCCCCCAGCAUUGCUGGCCCAGGAUGGCCACACAGGGCCUCUUGCAGUAGACCGAGCAGGAAACAGCGUGGUCCCGUGCUCUUGGCUGUCCCUCCUGUGGUCUCUGGCACCUACCAUUGUGAACACUGCAGCUGCCUCCCCAUUUCACAUAUGAAGAAACACAGGGUCAUGUAGUGAACAACUUUCCCUGGCCCCAGACACGGGGAAAAGACAGAGAGAGGCCCCAAACCCAUGUCUCUGUGUCCCUGUCUUUUGGGGUGUGCAUGUGUCAAGUGGCAGGGAUGACUGGGCUGGAGCUUUAGGUUCUGGCCUUGGGUGUUAAAUCCUCAAGUGGCCUCCAUGGGUCCAUUGAGGAUCUGAGACAGCUGGGGACAUGUCCUUCUGGGACCCAAGGCCCCUCCCUCCUCUGGCUUCCCUUCUAUAAGGGUGAGUUAGGGAUUCCAUGGGGGACAGAGACACAGGGAGACAGAGAUGAGACAGAUGGAGAAAGAUGGAGGGACAUGGUGGGGGGAAGAGACAGGAAGUCAAGGCAGAUGCCCACGGAGGAGCUCAUGCUCUGCCAAGGAGACAAGGAGCAGGGUCCCAGGCACUCCCCAGUUUACCAACCCAUCCCCCAUCCUCCCACUCCCCCCACCAGCCAAGACCCUGCGGUGUCCAGUCUGGAUCCUGAACCCUGUCCCACCCUGGCCCAUCCUCACAAGGUCAGGUCGAUCCGAGGGGAGGAGGCUGACAGGCCCUGCCCCAGCUCCUGUCACAGCUCCUGCCCCAGGAGCUCCCCGCACAAGAUGCUGAUGUAAUACACAAGACUGGAUGUUUUACUCUUAAAAUUCUGUGAAUCCAGCCGCGAGAGGUUCUGAGGCGUUUCAUCCCGCAAUGAGGUGGGGGACCCUGGGUCCUAGUCCUUGGGGAGCCCCUUUGCCCUGGGGACUUCACCUCCCCACCCCCAUCCCCGCACCUGCAGCCCCUGAACCCGCGAGAUGACCAGACACCCUGCGGCCCAUGGCGGUCCCCGCCCCGGGCCCCCAUUGGCUGUUGCCAUGGCACCUGCCCGUCUUCCCGCGCCACCAUUGGCUGCAGCCUCUGCAUCCUGCAUCCAGCAUCCUCCCCCACUCGCGGUGGUCUCGCCCAGCGCCCUGAGUGGCGGUGCCUCCUGCCAGGCCCAUACCAGCCUUUGUCCGCCUCGGAGCCCAUUCUCCGCAUCUCCAAGACCCCUGAACCCCGGAGCCCGCGCCCUGUGGCCGCCCUGGCCCAGGAGCGCUAGGAUCUCAAGAGGGGUCUGGGAGCUGCACCAAAGGAGGAGGACCCAGGCCCGCAGCCUGGUGCGUUGCCCAGCCCAGCCCAGCCCAGCCCAGCCCAGCCUGAGUGAGAUAAAUCACUGCAGGAGCAGAAGAUGACAAGCUCUGUGGCAUCCUAUGAGCAGCUGGUACGGCAGGUGGAGGCCUUGAAGGCCGAGAACAAUCACCUGCGACAGGAGCUUCGAGACAACUCAAGCCACCUGUCUAAGCUGGAGACGGAGACAUCUGGCAUGAAGGAGGUCCUGAAGCACUUACAAUGCAAGCUGGAGCAGGAGGCCCGAGUGCUGGUGUCCUCAGGGCAGACUGAGGUGCUGGAGCAGCUGAAAGCCCUGCAGAUGGAUAUCACCAGCCUGUACAACCUAAAGUUCCAGCCCCCUGCUCUGGGCCCUGAGCCUGCUGCCCGCACCCCUGAGGGAAGCCCGGUACAUGGCUCUGGGACCUCCAAGGACAGCUUUGGGGAGUUGAGCCGGGCCACCAUUCGGCUGCUGGAGGAACUGGACAGGGAACGGUGUUUCCUGUUGAAUGAGAUUGAGAAGGAAGAAAAAGAGAAGCUCUGGUACUACUCGCAGCUGCAAGGCCUGUCCAAGCGCCUGGAUGAGCUUCCGCAUAUGGAAACUCAGUUCUCCAUGCAGAUGGACCUGAUCCGGCAGCAGCUUGAGUUCGAAUCCCAGCACAUCCGUUCACUAAUGGAGGAACGAUUUGGUACCUCUGACGAGAUGGUGCAGCGGGCGCAGAUCCGCGCUUCACGCCUGGAGCAGAUCGACAAGGAGCUACUUUCUGCACAGGACCGGGUGCAGCAGACGGAGCCCCAGGCCCUGCUCGCAGUAAAAUCAGUGCCAGUGGACGAGGACGCUGAGACUAAGGGUCCCAUGCACCCGGAGGAUGGUGCCCCUCAGCCAGGCAACAGCAAGGUGGAAGUGGUCUUCUGGCUGCUGUCAAUGCUGGCGACGAGGGACCAGGAGGACACAGCUCGCACACUGCUCGCCAUGUCCAGCUCUCCUGAGAGCUGUGUGGCCAUGCGCCGCUCAGGCUGCCUGCCACUGCUGCUGCAGAUCCUUCAUGGCACAGAGGCUGGGGCUGGGGGUCGAAACGGGACGUCUGGAGCACCUGGAGCCAAGGACGCACGCAUGCAUGCCAAUGCAGCGCUACACAACAUCAUCUUCUCCCAGCCAGACCAGGGACUGGCGCGCAAGGAGAUGCGCGUCCUGCACGUGCUGGAGCAGAUCCGCGCCUACUGUGAGACCUGCUGGGACUGGCUGCAGGCCCAGGAUGGAGAGUCUGAGGGAGACAGGGCGGGCCAUGCCCCGGUCCCCAUUGAGCCUCAGAUCUGCCAGGCAACCUGUGCGGUGAUGAAGCUGUCAUUCGAUGAGGAAUACCGCCGUGCCAUGAAUGAACUGGGUGGGCUGCAGGCUGUGGCAGAGCUACUACAGGUGGACUAUGAGAUGUACAAGAUGACCCGGGACCCGCUGAACCUUGCCCUGCGCAGAUACGCUGGCAUGACCCUCACCAACCUCACCUUCGGGGAUGUUGCCAAUAAGGCCACACUGUGUGCCCGGCGGGGCAGCAUGGAGGCCAUCGUGGCCCAGCUGGCUUCGGAGAGUGAGGAUCUCCAGCAGGUGGUAUCUAGCAUCUUGCGCAACCUGUCGUGGCGGGCUGACAUCAACAGCAAGAAGGUCCUGAGGGAGGUUGGCAGCAUGACCGCCCUGAUGCAGUGUGUCCUGCGAGCCUCCAAGGAGUCCACCCUGAAAAGUGUGCUCAGCGCCCUGUGGAACCUGUCAGCGCACAGCACAGAGAAUAAAGCAGCCAUCUGCCAGGUGGAUGGUGCCCUGGGCUUCCUGGUGAGCACGCUGACUUAUAAGUGCCAGAGCAACUCGCUGGCCAUCAUCGAGAGCGGCGGGGGCAUCCUGCGCAAUGUGUCCAGCCUCAUCGCCACCCGCGAGGACUAUAGGCAGGUGUUGCGGGACCACAACUGCCUGCAGACUCUGUUGCAGCACCUGACGUCACACAGCCUGACCAUCGUGAGCAAUGCCUGUGGCACGCUCUGGAACCUGUCUGCCCGCAGUCCACGUGACCAGGAACUAUUGUGGGACCUGGGAGCCGUGGCCAUGCUGCGAAACCUUGUGCACUCCAAGCACAAAAUGAUUGCCAUGGGCAGCGCUGCCGCCCUGCGCAACCUGCUGGCCCACCGGCCUGCCAAGUACCAGGCAGCGGCCACUGCUGUCUCCCCUAGCACCUGUGUGCCCAGCCUGUACGUACGCAAGCAGCGGGCCUUAGAGGCUGAGCUGGACGCACGGCACCUGGCCCAGGCGCUUGACCACCUGGAGAAGCAGGACCUGCCUGAGGCUGAGGCCGAGGCUGCCUCCAAGAAGCCACUGCCACCCCUGCGGCACCUGGAUGGGCUGGCCCAGGACUAUGCCUCGGACUCCGGGUGCUUCGAUGAUGACGACGUGCCCUCCCUGGCCGCUGUGGCUGCCACUGCCGAGCCUGCCAGCCCCACUGUGCUGUCCCUCUUUCUGGGUAGCUCCUUCCUUCAAGGCCAGGCACUGGCCCGUGCCCCACCUGCCCACCGUAGUGGCCCAGAGGUAGAGAAGGAGGCCGGUGGGGAGGCAUCUUUGGCAGCUAGGGCCAAGGCCAAGCUGGCACUGGCAGUGGCACGGAUUGACCGGCUGGUGGAGGAUAUCUCAGCCCUGCACACAUCAUCUGAUGACAGCUUCAGCCUCAGCUCUGGGGACCCUGGGCAGGAGGUGCCGAGGGAGGGCCGAGCCCAGUCCUACUCUCCUUGCUGGGGGCCUGAGGGCGGGCAGCGGGAGGCCAGCAGCCGAGCUCAUCCACUGCUGCGGCUGAAGGCAGCCCACGCCAGCCUCUCCAAUGAUAGCCUUAACAGCGGCAGCACCAGUGAUGGGCACUGUCCCCGUGACCACACGCGGCCUUGCCCAUUGGCCUCGCUGGCUGAGCACCGAGAGGGGCCGCCAUGUGGCCAGGUGCGGCCCAGCCAGCUUGACCUCAACCUACUGGAUGGUCAGGCUAAGCCAGCAGCCCGGGAGGCUACAGCCACUGAUGCAUGUGUGCGCACCAUCAAACUGUCACCCACCUACCAGCAUGUGCCACUGCUUGAGGACACAACCAAGGCUGGUGUGGGGCUCCUGGUCUCUGGGAACAGGAAGCAGGCCUGGCUGCCUGCAGAGGGCGUGAGCAAAGUGGCUGAGAAGCUGGUGGUAGAGGCAGCACCACUCUGCCUAUCACGUUGUAGCUCCCUGUCCUCACUGUCCUCGGUUGGCCGCCCAGGCCCCAGCGAGGCAGGGGACCUGAAUGACAGUGACUCAUCCCUGGAGGGACUGGAGGAGGCUAGCCCCAGCGAGGCAGAGUUGGACCAAGCCUGGCAUGGGCCAGGGGAUACCUCCCUGCCCAUGGCUAUCCCUGCGCCACCUCCGGGCCGGACCCUGGGGGUAGAAGAUGCCACACCAUCUAGCUCCUCAGAGAACUGCGUGCAGGAGACACCACUGGUGCUGAGCCGCUGCAGCUCAGUGAGCUCGCUGGGAAGCUUUGAGAGCCCAUCCAUUGCCAGCUCAAUUCCCAGUGACCCCUGCAGCGGGCUAGGCAGUGGCACUGUCAGCCCCAGUGAGCUGCCUGAUAGCCCUGGGCAGACCAUGCCACCAAGCCGCAGCAAGACACCACCAUUGGCCCCCCCGCCUCCAGGUGAGCGUGAGACCACCCAGUUCAGCCUGCAGUGGGAAAGCUAUGUGAAACGUUUCCUGGACAUCGCUGACUGCCGGGAGCGUUGCUGGCUGCCCUCUGAGCUGGAUGCUGGCAGUGUGCGCUUCACUGUAGAGAAGCCGGAUGAAAACUUUUCCUGUGCCUCCAGCCUCAGUGCACUGGCCCUGCAUGAGCACUAUGUUCAGAAGGAUGUUGAGCUGCGGCUGCUGCCCCCGGCCUGCCCUGAUCUUGGUGGUGGCAGUGGCCCUAGCCAGCACUUUGCUGGACACCGUCGGCGAGAUGAGGCCAGUGGUCGCCUUGAGGGGCCACCUGCCACCAGUCAGGAGCUGGAGAUGCUGCGGGAUUGCCUGGGCACAGCCAUGCCUACCCGACUCUGCAAGGUGGCCUCAGCACUGGUGCCUGGCCGCUGUGCACUGCCUGUGCCCGUCUACAUGCUGGUGCCCGCCCCAGCCCGGGAGGACAACUCAUACAGUGACUUGGCUGAGGGCACACCAGUCCACUUCAAUGUGGCCUCACUCAAUGACGAGACACUGCAAGUACCUCCCAGGAAACUGCCCAGUGGGCGUGGGGAUAGGCAGAAGCCAGCAGGCCGAGAGGCUCCUGCAAGGCAGGCUGCUGCGCAUCGGCACAGGGUUAGGGGUGUGGGCCGCAGCACGGAACCAGCUCGGGGGACAGGAAGGAGGCGAGCAGGGCUGGAGCUGCCCCUCCGAAAGCCCCUGAGAGCUUGUGUGGACAGGGACAGCCCCCAGGUGGGUCGAACCCAUGAGGAGGGCGCAAUGCAGUCCCUGUGCCUCACCACACCCACCGAGGAAACUGUGUACUGCUUCUACAGCAAUGGCUCGGAUGAGGAGCCAUCCACAACAGCAGCGGUGGCACCCUCCCUGUGGGCACCCGCUAUUCCUCAGGCAGGGAAGAAGGAGCGCCUGGCUGGCAGGAAGAAGGCACAGGCUAUGCCCAAGGCCACAAUGCCUGCCAGAGCCCAGCCCAGCCUCAUCGCCGAUGAGACACCGCCAUGCUACUCCCUAAGCUCCUCCACCAGCUCCCUCAGUGAACCCGAGCCCGAAGCAGGCAGGCUCCAAGCCCGUGAGCCAGUGGUCACCAAGGACCCAGGCCCUGGAGGCAGGAAAGAUGGCCAUCCCAGCCCUCGGGCCAAGGUGGAGCUACUGCGGCGCUGUGUUGGCUCGGCCAUGCCUAGGCGCUGGCCGCAGGCAUCAGAUCCACGGUGUUGCAAGCCCCGAGAUGCCCAGCUGGAUGAACGGCCAGCAGAGGGGACCCAGGAGCACAGUGAGGAGGCAGCAGGGUCAGACCACGCCUCAGACCUGGACAGCGUCGAGUGGCGUGCCAUCCAGGAGGGUGCCAACUCCAUUGUCACCUGGCUGCACCAGGCAGCAGUGGCAGACACCCAAGAGGCCUCAUCUGAGUCUGACUCUCUCCUGUCCUUUAUGUCAGGGCUGUCUGUAGGCUCCACCCUGCAGCCCUCCCCACACAGGAAAGGGCGGCGACCACGGGCAGAGGGACAGGUAAGCAGUACCACUCGGCCAGAGAAACGGGAAAUGACCCUGGCCCAGCGCAGCAGCAGCCCCUGCUUGCCCUGCGGCCCUGAGAAACUGCGUGGUGCUCAGAAGACAGUGUCUGGGGUACCAGCCAUGCUCCGAGGAAGGACAGUGAUCUAUGUGCCCAGCCCGGCCAGCCGGGCCCAGCCCAAAGGCACCCCUGGCUCCCGCACCACACCAAGGAAGAUAGGACCCCUGAGCCCCACACAGCCAGCAGCUCCCACCAAAGCCCUGGGCCCCGGGCAGCAGCGGUCUAGGAGCCUGCACAGGCCUGGCAAGAUCUCAGAGCUUGCUGCCCUGAGCACCCCCCAGAGGAGUGCCACUCCACCAGCCCGCCUCACUAAGACUCCUUCAUCCAGCUCCUCCCAGACCUCCCCUGCCUCCCAACCCUUGCCUAAGAAGUCACUCCCAGCUUCCCAUGCUUCAGGGCCCCUGCCCAGCCCUGGGACCUCCCGGGUGCCCAAGACACCCAUGCGGACCCUGCUGGCCAAGCAACACAAAACGCAGAAGUCGCCCGUGCGAAUCCCCUUCAUGCAGAAACCCACCAGACGGGGACCACCACCCCUGGCCAGGGCAACCCCAGAGCCAGGCCCCAGGGGUCAGGUAGCAUCCAAGGGGUGCCCAGGUGCCCGGGGGGGCCGCCUGGGCCUGGUGCGCAUGGCUUCAGCCCGAUCCAGUGGCAGCGAGUCCUCCAACUGCUCGGGUUUCCGAAGGCAGCUGACCUUCAUCAAGGAAUCGCCAGGCCUGCUGCACCGGCGCCAUUUAGAAUUGUCCACUGCUGAAGCCACCUCCUCUGCCUCCCAGGGCAGCUCCCCCCGCCGCAGCAGGCCCACGCUGCCUACUGUCUUCCUCUGCUCUUCACGCUGCAAGGAACUGCGGGCACCCCCAGCACCAGUCCAACGGCCCCUCACAGCUCAGCCAGGCCCUGGGGAGCGGCCACCAAGGCGCACUAGCUCUGAGAGCCCAUCCCGUCUGCCCAUCCGCAAGCAGGCCACCCAACCACAGGCAGUCAAGCGCUAUGCCUCUCUGCCCCAUAUCAGCAUGGCCCGAAGGCCUGAGGGUGCUGCCCCUGGUCCCAAAGCCGAUGAUGCCCACCAAAGCAGCAGUGGGGAGGCCCGACCUCUGCCGAGGGUGGCCUCACCAGGCACCACAUGGCGACGAAUUCGGGAUGAGGACGUGCCACAUAUCCUACGGAGCACACUGCCUGCCACUGCCCUUCCACUCAUAGGCACCUCACCUGAGGAGUGCCCUGGUGGCCCCCCGCAGCGCAAGACCAGUGAUGCCGUGGUCCAGACCGAGGACUUCUCUACCACCAAGACCAACUCCAGCACAUCCCCGAGCCUGGAGAGCAGGGGGCCCCCCCAGGCCCCAGCUGGCAGACCUGCACCCUUCCUCAGCAGUGAUGUGGAUAGGCCUGGCCCUGCCAAGGGGCCCACCUUGGCCCCCUUCAUCCAUGAGGGCCUGGGAGUGGCUGUGGGGGGCUUUGCUGCCAGCCGGCAUGGCUCCCCCAGCCGCUCAGCUCGAGUACCCCCUUUCAACUAUGUACCCAGCCCCAUGGUGGUGGCAACCACUGACUCAGCGGUGGAAAAAGCCCCUGCGCCCACUGACCUCCUAGAAUAGUUGCCUGGACCAGUCUUCUGGAACAUCCUCUCUCGCUGGCCAUCUGGUUGCCCUGAGAGUAGUCCCAGGAACCGCCUGCUCACCCGAGCCCAACUGUCGGAGCCCACUCUAGCCCGAGGGGGCCUCAUAUCUCACCCUUGCUUCUGUGCUGUGGGGACUUGAGAAGGAAUGGGCUGCUGGCUGGACUUCAAGUCCUGGCCUGACCCAUGUGCAGAAACCACCUACGCACAGCCCCAUUGGGCCUAAGCCUCAGCAGGACCCUCAUCUCUAGGGAGCCAAGGGAGGUUACAGUAUUCCCCUGAGGUGGGGGAUAGGGCUGCAGAGGGUAGUGCGGUCUAGCAUCUGCCAGCUGGGCCCAAGGCAUCCAGUGGAGAACAAAGCCCAUAAUUAUGGGCGCAGCCGAGUAAUUUGUUAAUGAUAACUACUGGUUUGUUUGCCUUCUUACUCCCAGCUGAGGGAGGGGUGUGGCUGAGCCCAACAGUGAGGCAGGCCUCCCCUCCACCCACCCUCCCCGCUGUUAGGUGCUAAGCCAGGGGCUGAUAGACAAGAUGCUGUUGGAACAGGCUGGAGAGGAGCAAGAACAGGGCAAAAGAAGACUGGGCUGGGUGAUGCAGGGCCACCCCACAUCCCCACUCCUGGCUGGAUUGGGUGCUUGUUUCAAGUAGAGGAGGAAGAGUUCAGGGAGGUAGGUGGAGUCAGGACCAGCUGUGGUGGGUGAGGUGCAGUGGGCAGGAGAAUGAGAGUCAUAGUCAAAUCCGGUUUACCCUGGUGACGCACAAAAGCCCGGAUCCAUGGGAGGGCAUGACUGCAGAGACUGCGGUGGAGUUGGCAACAUGGCCUUGGAAGAGGGGCAGGGCUACAGCCCUAGGACUGUGGCUAGGCCAGCUAGAUGUGUGGAGGCCAGGGCUUCCGCAGUGCUAGAAUGUUGGUGUCAGAGAAGGCUCAGAUGGAGGGGCACGGGGAGCCUGGUGGGCUUACCCAGGCCCCCGACAGCGUGCGUGCAUGCAGGGGAGACUGCUGAGGUUCCUGCUCGGCUUUCCGCAGAUAGAGCAAAUGACCUCUUUUCUGGGGAAGUCUGGCUCUGGGAAGGAGCUGCUCUAGGCUCGCAGAUCUGCUGUCCCAGCCUCAGUGCAGAGAGCUGCCCAGGAGGGGCCAGGGAGCAGAUGGCACUUGGGGAGACGGGCAACACGCUAACAACUAGACUUUAGGCACCUUCUCUGGGAGGUGGGGAAGCAUGGUUGACAGUUGGAUGGAAGUGCAGAAGGAGCCUCUGUCCCUGCCCACAAGCACCACUGUCCCUUCCUGUCCCCUGUCCAUGGAAGGAGCUGACCCCGGAGCAGAAGUGCUUCUGCUGGACUAUCCUCAGCUCCACGGGCCACAUUUGAUCCCAGCCCCCCAAGGACCAUGCUGCUGCUGCUGCUGCUGCUGCUGAUACAUCUCUGUCAUGCUAUAUUACAAGCCCUGGAACUUCUGUCCUGCAGAACAGACGCCAGGACUCUACCCCUGAAGGCCACAGGCAGGAUGCAGGAAUGGCUGGAUGUACCAAGUACUCCUCCUGUAACCAAACUUCCCAGGAUGAGCUGGCACACAGUGGAUCAUGGCAAUGAGGGCUUGGCAGCAUGUUGGACACACCCACAGCUGACCCCUCGGGAUACAUUGGGGCAGGGGUUGUCUCAGAUGCAUCUCAGAAAUCACCAGUCCUUUUCCCUAUCCUUAGCCUGAAGGGGCAGGAGUAGGUGAUCUCAACUCUUGAAGUGCAGGGGCUGUCAGAUGUAUGCUCUUAUACUGGCCAUGGGCCAGCUGCCCCCCAAAAUGGCCUGGUGGGAGGAGAAGACAUGCAAAUGCACACCAAGCUUGCUGAUCCAUGGUGGGGCCUAUAGGUGGGAGCACCCAUGCACUGUGAGACCCUGGGUGGUGCUCUCAACGCUCUAUGUCUCAGUUUCCCCAUGUGGGCCAUGAGGAGAACUCCCAGAGCUACCUCUAGAGCCAGAGUGGCUGCUGCAACUGGGUGAGAUGCCCAGACCCUCCCUGGCUGCCCCCUCCACCUGCCCCUUAUCCUCAGACGGGGGCGGCUCCCACCUAGGCCAGCACACAGGGAGCUCAUGCCCCAUCCAUGUCCUGCAGCCACAUUUGCCUUCUCUGUUCCCAUGACGAGGGCACAGCCACACCUCACAACCACAUGGGGUGGGGCGGUGGGGGCCCUGGGCCCUGAGAAGAGUGGUGGUCACUGGACAACUAAUUCUAGGAUGGAGCUGGAGGACUAAAGUCUUAGGACCCAAAGGACAUUUCCCAUGAAGCCUUGAUCCCCUCAGGGCUGCUCGGCCACCUGGCCAUGCUGAGGGGGACCCUGUUUGCCUCCAGAGCACCCUCAACCCAUGACCUUGGGAAACCACCAGCAGCCAAGUACUGGAUUGAGGCAACGCUCCUGCAAGUACAGCAUUACCUCACCCCCUCUGCCCUCAGUCUGUCACCUGGCCAGUGGCCAUAACAACCCACCCUGAGCCUGGUUGUUUUGGUCCAUCUAUCUCUGUGCCCCUCGAGUCUAUUCCCUGGGUCCCUGAAGUGUUACGGACAUGUGUAAAUAAAUAUAGCCCUGUUCCCCUCUCCCACCCCAUUCAACCUAAAGCCAUUGUCUGGUGGAGGGAAGGCACAGAACCAGGCAUCUCAUGUGCACCUUUAAUAAAUGGAGCUGUUGAA